UGAAAAUAUAAAAAGUCGAUUUAUAAGAUAAUUUAUAAUCGAUGUCAACUACAGUAAAAGAAAAAAACGAGUCUUCGUCCAAUUUGCUGUCACUGCAAACGUAUUUCGAACGUAUUCCAAGUAUUAUUAAUGCACCAUCAACGUCUGUCUUUCAUCUAACAAAUUAUGACACUGUUCCUAUUUUUACAACUUGCACAUCUACUGUACAAUUUAAAAAUUUGACCAGUUUAACUAGUGUUUUUUGUCAAGUAUAUGAAAUGAUAUCGCGACUUCAACUUGGAAAACCUAAACGUAUUAUUGGUUCAUAUUUUUCUCUUGAAGAUCCAUAUUUUGGUGCAGAAUUAGUUCAAGUUGGUUGUACAGAUGAUAGAAUGUUUGAACGAGAAAUGGUAAAUUCUAUGGAUGGAACUAAAGGUCCUACUGAAAUUGAAAAAGUAAAACUUCCUUUGAUUGCAUCUGUUGUAGGAACCAAAGGGACAAUGGCAUCGAUAAUUGAUAUUUCUAAAGAAAUUGAAAAGGUGGCACAGAUCAUAAUUAAAAAUUGGCAUUGAAAAUGACUAAACAGCGUAUUUUUUAUAAGGUUUAGAUACAUUGUU